UCGCUGUUAGGGAGUGAGGAGGGGGAAGAGGGGGCGGCGGCCGGGAGGGCCGACUCCGCCCUCUGUGCGCAUGCUCUGGCCCCGGCGGGUUAUAAGGCAGCCUCACGGGCCCGGCCCGACAAAGUGCUGGCGAGCUGCGACGUGACUACUGCGGCGCGUGGGUGCCCCGGGGAGUGAGCCAGGCGGCCGGCGAAGGACGCGACCUGGACCCUGGGCCCCGUGGAACUCCAGCCGCGCCGCCGCGUCACGCUCACGCGGCGCCGCAAGCCGCGCAUAACGAUAUUUGGAUUUGAACUGCGUUUUGGAAUUUAUCUACAUUUACAAUGCCCCCGGCAGUUGGAGGUCCAGUUGGAUACACCCCCCCAGAUGGAGGCUGGGGGUGGGCAGUAGUAGUUGGAGCUUUCAUUUCCAUUGGCUUCUCUUAUGCAUUUCCCAAAUCUAUUACUGUGUUCUUCAAAGAAAUUGAAGGUAUAUUCAAUGCCACCACCAGUGAAGUGUCAUGGAUAUCUUCCAUCAUGUUAGCUGUCAUGUAUGGUGGAGGUCCUAUCAGCAGUAUCCUGGUGAAUAAAUACGGCAGUCGUCCAAUCAUGAUUAUUGGCGGCUGCUUGUCAGGCUGUGGCUUGAUUGCAGCUUCUUUCUGUAACACUGUGAAGGAACUUUACUUGUGUGUCGGAGUCAUUGGAGGUCUUGGCCUUGCUUUCAACUUGAAUCCAGCUCUGACCAUGAUUGGCAAAUACUUCUACAAGAGGCGACCAUUGGCAAAUGGACUGGCCAUGGCAGGCAGUCCUGUGUUCCUCUCUACCCUGGCCCCCCUGAACCAGGCUUUCUUUGGCAUCUUUGGCUGGAGAGGAAGCUUCCUAAUUCUUGGGGGCUUACUGUUAAACUGCUGUGUAGCAGGAUCUCUGAUGAGACCUAUAGGGCCCAAGCCAAGCACUGCAGAGAAACAUAGGUCUAAAGAAUCCAUUCAGGAAGCUGGAAAAUCUGAUGCAAUAAAAGGAGCAAGUGAUGCAAAUACAGAUCUUAUUGGAGGAAACCCCAAAGAAGAGAAACGAUCAGUCUUCCAGACACUUAAUCAAUUCCUGGACUUAUCCCUGUUUGCACACAGAGGCUUUUUGCUCUACCUGUCUGGAAAUGUGCUCAUGUUUUUUGGACUAUUUACACCUUUAGUCUUUCUUAGUAAUUAUGGCAAGAGUCAGCAUUACUCUAGUGAGAAAGCUGCCUUCCUUCUUUCUAUUCUGGCUUUUGUUGACAUGGUAGCCAGGCCUUCUAUGGGACUUGUAGCCAACACAAAGUGGAUAAGACCUCGAGUCCAGUAUUUUUUUGCUGCUUCCAUUAUUGCAAAUGGAGUAUGUCAUCUGCUAGCACCUUUAUCCUCCAGCUAUAUAGGGUUCUGUGUCUACGCGGGAUUCUUUGGAUUUGCAUUUGGAUGGCUCAGUUCAGUAUUAUUUGAAACACUGAUGGACCUUGUUGGACCCCAGAGGUUCUCUAGUGCCGUGGGAUUGGUGACCAUUGUGGAAUGCUGUCCUGUCCUCCUGGGGCCACCGCUUUUAGGUAGUCUGAAUGACAUAUAUGGAGACUAUAAAUACACAUACUGGGCAUGUGGCGUAAUCCUUAUUGUCUCAGGCAUCUAUCUCUUCAUUGGCAUGGGCAUCAAUUAUCGACUUCUGGCAAAAGAACAGAAAGCAGAGAAGCAGCAGAAAAAGGAAAGUAAAGAGGAAGAGACCAGUAUUGAUGUUGCUGAGAAGCCAAAAGAAGUCAGUGAUGCAGCAGAAUCUCCAGAGCAGAAAGGCAUAGAAGGAGGCCCCAAAGAGGAGGAGAGUCCAGUUUGAACUUGCGGGGCUGAAGGGUAAAUGGAGUAGCUCAUGAAAUAUUCUAUUGGCCUGUGAUCUACCAGUGGUGCUCAAUGCAAAUACUGGACAUUUGCGUGGGAAUCAUUUGCAGGGGUUCGUUGAUGGAAUUUUUGUUUCACUCCUUACCAGUAGUCUGAAUUAAAAAUACCAUAGCCUUUGGGGAGGGAGUGGUUGAAAAAGAAUGUGGGAAGGAAGUUGGGUUUUUGUUUGUUUAUUUGUUUGUUUGUUUGUUUAAAUCUUAGCUUUUAACAGUGUCAUGAAGAUUUUAAUAUGUGCCUUAAGUUUUAUUCUUUAGAACUCUUUAGGGAGCCUUAACUUUUUAAACCAUUCUGCUUAAUUCACCCAUUUGAAGCAUUCCGUUACAAGGAAAAAAUAACUAGUUUGAGGCAAAUCUAAAAUUUAAAAUUAAUCUUGCUUCAUUGUUAUUUAUAAUAUAUUGUCAGACAUUGUCAUUGGAAGAUUUAUGAACAGAAAUGUUUGUUUAAAGUUGGGGGUUUUAUAAUAUCCUGACUAAAAUAUUUUCCUAGCAUCAAUAGUUGCCUGGCAUAUAUGCUUGCUAAAUAUGUAUUUAGAAAAUUUAAGGCAUAAAACUUUGGAAACAUCCUGGCUGUUCUAGAUGCAUUGUGCUCAUCAACACCUCUCCAGUAUCUUGAGUUGCUUAUUAGAAGCCGAAUGCUCGAGAGUUGACUUCCUUAAAUUACUAUUUUUGUUCCCCUGUCCAAAGACACAUUUUGAGUGGUUAUAGAUCCUUGCCCCUUUUGAGAUCACAUGGUAUUGGUUUUUUCACUGUAAAAGUUAGUAUUAAAAUAUACAAAACAAUAUAUUUGUGCCUCCUUAGUAAAUUAAAUGUAGACAGAUAUUUCAAACAGCAGCUGAAUUCACCUUAGGUUUUUUUCAAAACCUCAGUUAAACUGUGAGACUUGCAAUCUUUUUUUUCUGUUUUUCCUGGAAUUCUUCCCCUUUGAUUCAUAGUGGUUCCAUUUAUAUCUGCAUCUACCUUAGCAUUGUGUGAGAGAUACUGUCUUUGUGUGUUCAGUUUUUUGUUUGUUUGUGUUUUCAAUGUUCGUUAAUUAAAGACAGCCAGAGAGAUUUGGCCCAGGCAAACCAGUAAGGGUAAGACUGGGAGAGAAGUUGCUAAGUGGGCUUAUCAAUAAGUAACUCCUUUUCCUUUUUAUGAGAAGGCCUUAAAGAAAAUUAUGUUUUGCUUAGAGUUACUGGACACAUUUUCUUACUCUUUACACAGAUCUAAAGGUUUUGUGACCCUUUUCACUUAUCUGAAAGGUAGCAGAGAAAUGGGUUUAGUAUAAGGACAGGAAGGAGGAUGGACCAGAAUGAAAACUGUAAAUAUUUUUUUAACCUGAUAUGUUUUAAAUUGAGGCAGGAAGAUAAUGAUAGACAUUCAGUGAAUUAUAUUCAAUGUAUUUUAAAAUAUUGUAAUUGACAGUAUGGAAGUAUAGAUAUGAAACCUUGUUUAAGAGGCUGGCUUUUUAAAAUAAAUUUUUUUUUAAGAAAUGUUUCUUCCUCCAAAUGUUUAUUUUCUUGAGGAAAAUAUUGCAUGUCUCCAUUUUUAUUAUCAAGAUUCAAUUUGGCCCUUGCUGAUAUUAAAUCAUUCAGCUUAAGUGCUUGGGAUUUGUGUACAUGGUUUGUUUUGAUUUUUCUCUUUACCUCUUUAAAGCAGGUAGGAGAGGAAUUUUGAAACUACCUUUCUGAAAGCAAUUUGAAACCAGAGUAGUUAACCUUAAGGAUACAAUGAAAACUCCCUUUCUGUGACCAAGUGUCAUGGCAGAUGGAGGAAGAAUUUUAGAGGAGGAGCCUGCUGUGAUGUUGGCAGGCUUGGCUCCAGUUUGGACUCUGCCAUUUUCCAUGAACCUAACCUCUGUUCCUCUUUCCCCUUCUAUAAAAAUGAGAAUCUCUACUCUACUGUCAGUUGAGUAAUACAAGUAAAAAAAAGUGGGGGGAAAAAGUAAACCAGUUGUAUAGGAUUGCUUUCCCCAUCCCAGGUGUCAAGCUACACCUAUAAGACCCUGCUUAGUCUUUUUUUCAUUAGUUAAUCUUGUUUUUGAAGUGGGAGUUUUUUGGUGCAGAUUGACCACCACCUCUUAGAAGGAAGGGUUCUGAAGUUGCUGUAUUCAGUAGCAAAGUUCAAAAACUGGUUCAAGGCUGGACUAAACCUUUUAUCACCCUGUCCAACGCUGACUUUCUCCCACUGAAGAUACCAGCUUAGGGGAUUUAUUCAAGAUGAGUUUUGGUAACAGAGCCAACACUAAAACUCAGUAAUAGGCCUAGUCUGCCAUCUACUCCUUGUAGCUAAUCCUCUCUGUGUUGCAGUGUUGUGUUCAACACUGGAUGCAUCUGGGCUUCCUGACUGGGCAGUCUGUUAUCCCUUGCUCCACAGGAGGUCUGACUAGACUUAAGUUUUAUUUCAGUGACACACUCUCAGUGACUGCUCUGAGAAAGUAGAUGUAUGCAUAGAGUACCCACCUAUCUUUGCUUUCCUCUGUCCCACACCCUCUGUCUCUGUAAGUCACAGAGAGAGCAUACAGUUCUUUAAGUAGCUGUGCCCAAAAAGGCUUGGGACUCUUCAAGGGUACAUUCUGAAACAGCCUCCUGAUUCAAAACUGGACAAUUAUUUAAGAACCUGAUAGGUUGGACAGUGUCUGGUGAUCAUGGUAAGAUGACCAUAUUUACAUAUGUCAAUAUUAAUCCUGUAUUUUAAAAAGGAAAAAAGUUGUUAAAAGCCACUUAAUAUUUUUGUAUGAGCCAGUGUUUUAUUAUAUUGAAUUUGAGAUUGAUUGGUUUAUAUGAAAAACCUGUGCCUGGGUUUUACUUUCCCUAGCAAAUGGUUCACAGUAUAAUAAACUUAAUUAUUAAGAUUUUCCCCCCACCCGCAAACUUUCAGUUGGAAAGAUGGGAAAAGGUGAACGUUAACAGUGGAUGUCCACCUUUGUAACAUGCCUUGUUUUAAUAAUCAGGUCAGGCACUUGAAGAAAGACGUUAAUAAUAGACUUGUGCCAUUAUGAAAACCUGAUAGGAAAUGACAGCCAAGCUUGCCUGGCUUAUCCAAAUGUAAGCAAUCACACCACACUGCUUCAGAUUUUAGAUGCACGCAAAGAGGUUUCAAGUACAUCAUUCCUGAAAUGUGUUGUUCUAGCUUUAGGGUUUUAGAUUCAGUCAGCCUUUCCUCCAUUUAGUCUGGACCAUAGUGACAAAAUCAUUCAAAUGAGCGUGACUGGUAGAGUACUUUUCUCCUGCUGUGAACAGCAUUGAUUUACUUACUUUUUGCUGACUUUAUCACCUUCACUUCCUAAAGCUAGCAUAGGAAUCAUCACAGACUGCUGGUGCUUAACACAGUAGGUGGCCUGGAUUCAGACAGAGGCUGUGUGACUUCACACCUAAGCAUCAGGUGUUUUCUUCCGUAAGGUGUUAAUAAUGAGUACCAACCCCCUGAGGGUUGUCAUGAAGGCUAGUUGGGACAGCUCCUGUUAAGCAAGGACUUAAUAAGUGUAAGCAUCUGACUAUUGAAAAAAAAAAAUCAAAGAAAAGUAAUAUUUGGGAAAAAAUUGAGCUCUUCUGAUUCCCAAGGUGGGUAGAUCCUUACUUUCAGAGGAUAGUGUGGGAGUGACAUAGAUAAGAAUAUUAAUGAAAUGAGCAAACUCUCCUUUUUGAUCAGAUCCUCCUUUUAGUCUUACAAAUGGAAUGGUCUGUCUUUGGUAAUGAAUGGAUGAAACUAACAACUCAUGAGGUUGGUGCAUAUAUGUCCAGCUGUUUGAUUAAAAUGGAUUUGAAUCCCAAAA